CUCAUUGAGGAGGAUAUGCAUGGGAUGGUGGAGAGCUUAAAAGAAGAAGCUUUAGCAGGAGGAAUUCCAUUGAGAGAGAUUUACGGCAGGAAUUACGCAUUGCAGCCCGAGAACUUCCGGUUUACUGAAGGGGAAACCUUAUGCCUCCUUGAUUUAGCAAGCAUCAUCAACCGCUGCGGGAUCAGCAAAUUUUUGAAGAAAAUCAAGCGUAAAAAUGCACAGAAACCACAGAUAAUUCCUAAUGACGAACGACGCAAGGACGUGGAAUUGGAGAAUCAUGUCCAAAAACUGCAAACCAAAAUUUGGGAUUACUUUUCGUCCCUGUGAGUGUAACCAAAGACCUGCACUGCCGUUCUACGCCCAAUUGUCCCAUGUUAUAUGGGAGUCCCAUAAAGCAUGGGACAGUUAUGCAUAGAACGGCAGUAAAGAUGUCAUGCUAUACAUAUUUCUCAUAUUUACCACAAUUAUGCUUAUCCAACAAUUUCAAACCUACUUUCAAACUACCCUUGCUAUACAGACUCUGAAGUAGAUCCUUAGGUAGAUCUCAAUAAGAACUGGCCGAUUUAAGAAACGAUGCACAUUUAUGCAAGUGUACUGAAAGUCACUUUGUAACAAAUUUUAGUGAUUUUCUUACGCUAUACGAACGCUAUAUAAAGUCGAGAAAAUUUUCAUUACGAGAAGUUCCCACACUGACCAGAAAUGGAACUCAUAUUUUAAGCAUGGUCGUGAAUUAUUUGUUCCUAACUUCCUUGAUUUUCAUUUGACGCAAAAUUCCAGUCCAUAUUAAUUUGAAUAUGCUUCAUUCUUCUUACAUUUCUAUCGUGAGCAGCUGUGACCUUAAAGAGUGAAGCAAAAUCACUAGAUACAUAUAAAUAUUGGUUUAGAUUAUACAUUAUUGAAAAAAAUUACAUAUAGCUAUAAUAAUAUAUUCAUAAAAUACCAUUAGAAUUUUGCUCGAAAAUAUUAAUGUUUCAACUUUAUUUUAUUCUAAUGCAUAAUAAGUAUUGUAAAUUAAAUAAAAAAAAACUUUGUUUUUGUUAAAAGCUGACUUUUUAAUUGUUAUGAUGAAAUAAUGUGUACUUAUUCAUUUUUGAAAUCAUUUCGCCUAUCUGUUUCUUUUUGUAGAAGCUGUCAGGACGGUGCUUUUGAUAGCUUUCGAGAAAAAAUGCAAGAUCUUCGAGUAGAAGCAUACACUACAAGCGGCAAAAUCCACGCUCACGUGACCUGUCCCAUUUGUGACGACAGUAAGCAGUCUAAAAUUUCCCUCAACAUGGACACAACAGGCAGUUGGCAUAUUUUUGCUUUCAAACGGCACUGUAAAACAUUUCACAUCCAGACACCGCACUCAUCUAAACAGAAACGCCGUAGUGUCACACCAGUUGCUACUGACGAUGCUAACGAGAACGAUUGUCCAAUAAAACGACCUUCCCUGGAAUCCACUGGUAUCGGAACUGCAUGUGGUAUAUUAAAGCGUUUAAAUGAAGUGGUGCACACAAACUUCUAAACCAAUUGAAUGUUUCAGACUUUGAACUUACGACGUCUAGCAUGGAUCCACCUCAUCUGGAUACAGCUGGUACGGAAAUAGAUCCGCUGCACCUCGAUGAAGCAGAAACCGAAAUUGGACCUGCAGAAUACCUUGACGACACCGUAAGCUCAAGUACAGGUGAUUUACAGGCCGAAAAAAUUCACGAGUAUAAUGUGUCUGAUACCAAGGGCAAAUAUUUUGAUGAAACCGUGUAUGACUCCCAAGAUGAUUACCAUGGUGAUGCUAUAGAGGCACACGAGAACGAUAGCUGGGAUCGAAACACUAAGGAGCACGGAUACGCAAAAGAACACGAGAGCAAAGAUGUUAAGGAGAGCUCAAAGGACCACGAAACCGUAGAAGAACAAGUGGAACAAAAACAUGAAGGUCAUUCAACCGCUACAAGUAAUAACAUAAUUUAAAAAAACUAAAUAAAGCCAGUGCCGUCCCGAUGCUGUCCAUAUACCACGUGGAUAAUUUAUAAAGGGAGAGGAUUUUGGAGAAGUCCAUGCUUAUCCAAGGGAAGUAGAGAAGCUGGUCAAAAUUCAAGAUUGUUCUGUCCACGUGGCAUAUGAAUGGUCUCUAAUAACAAGAGUCGUACGGUUUGUAUUCUUAAAUAAAAAUCUAUUAACAUAAUCUUCAGGAUACCCGGAAAAUUAUACUGGAAGCCAAUUCAUUGGACAUGUCACAAGAAAAAGUUCAAGCCCGCUUCUUGACUUACAUGUUCAGAUGGAUUCGAGAUCAAAAUUAUGUAAGCCAAAUGGAAUACGGUACACGGAACCUGAGCUAGAUGCAGCUGCAUACGAAUUGAUGGCUGGUGGCAAUAGCAACUAUCAAUUUAUAAAGGCAAAUAUGCAGCUGCCUAGCUCAAAAACAUUGAAGCGACAUAUCGCAAAGCAUACUACAGAGACUCAGGAAGGAAUCCUAAUGGUGACACCUCUACUGAAGUAUUUGAACGCGCACAAUUAUCCUCUAGUAGUUUCCUUAAGCGAAGAUGGAACAACGCUUUCGCCCAACCCAGAAUACGAUUCAAGAAAUGACUCAAUUCGUGGCCUGGUGGCUCCGUUGAACCAUUCCGGUAUGCCUGAACAGAAUACAUUUAACGCCAGCACGGUUGAAAAAAUGAUUAAUGACCUUGAGCGCUAUUCUGUGGGUGAAUACCUUUACAUCGUAAUGGCAACACCAAUGGCCGUUGGAGCAUCACCAUUCUGCAUUUUGUAUAUGUGCAGUGAUAACAGGUUCACACAUGACCAAGUCAUUUCACGUUGGAAUUAUAUAGAAUCCGAGCUACUAAAAGCUGGAAUAACUGUCAUUGCUAACGCGUCCGAUGGUGAUCCGCGGCUUCUCAUGGCUAUGAGACAAAGAUCAACUCUUCAUGCACUUCACGUGGGAUCGGAAUCACAAUAUGGUCCCCACUUUGCUAUGAAUAACGAUUUCAAACUUGAUUUCAAAGCUAUUUCCAUCCAGGACAGUAUUCACUUAGUUAAUAAAUUUCGUCAUUCUUUGCUAGAUCCAAAAAAGCAAAUGCGCUUAGGAGACUACGUAAUUUCAUCAGCUGUUCUCAAACAAAUGAUGGAAAAUGGUCAAAAAAUGAUUCACAAAUUAAACCCUUCAGAUUUGAACGCGGCGGACCGAAUGAAAUUUGACCCAUCGCUAAAACUGAUGUCUUUGGAUCUUAUAGACCAUCUAAUCGAUGUGGUACCUGGCAGUAUUGGAACUGCUACUUAUAUACAAAUAAUGCGUCAUGCAUAUUUGGCUUUCAACGAUGAGCAUAUGUCUCCUAUUGAACGAAUAACUUCGAUAUGGACUGCUUUGUUAUUUGUAAGGGCAUGGCGCCAAAUUUGCAUAAGCAAUAGAAAAACACUGAAGGACUGCCCGACAUCAAACGUGUAUCAUUGUUUGGAGUUAAACGCACAUGGCUUGGUAAAAUUCAUUGUCAGGUGCCGACAAGCCGACAGCCCGGAGCAAUUCAUAAUUACUCACUUAUCUAGUCAACCAUGUGAAACAACAUUUCGGGAGCUUCGUUCGAUGACGACUGUCAACCAUACGGCAGUCAAUUUUACAAUGAAAGAAGUUGAGCAAAGAAUGCAGAAGGUGCAAAUGAAGUUGCUGAUAGUGCAUCGGAGAAAAGCAGACCUAAACUUUCCUUGUCUGCAAAAGCAGCAGCUAAAAUGCCAAAAAACAGCAAAUCAAGAUCUUCCUAACGACGAUCAAAUCCGUCUGGCCAUCGACACAGCUGCGAAAAACGCGGAACAUUUAUUAACCUGUCUAGGAGUUCAAAAUCUUGAAAUUGAUUUCAGGGAGAGUAUGACCAGAAAUUCCAAAACAGAAUCCGAAUUUGAAUUUGUCUCGAUUGAGAGCUCCGAGGUCGCCAACAACUCAAAUGAUUCAGCAUGCAAAGAUGCAUGCGAACUAAAUGAAUAUCAAAUUACAGAUGGAAUUAGUAGUGAUGCGGAAGUUGAAAGUUCCUCGUUGAAUGAAAAUUCAAUGAAACAUAUAAUUGAGGAUGCAGAGAAAAUCUUUUCCAAUGCAGGUGGAGAGCUACUUCUACGCCAAUGUUCAUCCGAGAACAAUCGAAACGUUUUCUACGUAAAAGGGAUAAACGGAAAAGUUAUAAGUAUUAAAAAAUCGACAAUGCUAUGGAUGCUUUCAUCGGGGCGUUUUAAAAGAUCCAACGACCGCUUGAGACGGUUCCAUCAAAUAAGAAUGCUUGCACCAAAAGAUUCAUCUAACCAAAACUGCAUUAAACAUGAGAUCAGUACCGGAGAUUGGAUUGCAUUACAAGGACCCAUGGUUUGCCAUGUAACAAACUUCCAAUACCAAACAGGUAAAAAGAGUAUCUUCAGCUAUAUCUUAAGCAGGGCAUUUACAGCCCUUAUUAGCAUAAGAGUCCCAUGUUUGCUAGGUCUCCUAUUCACAUGGGACUGUUGUGCGAAUGGGGGCAGUUUACUACCCUAUUUACUACAAGUAAGAUUUGUAACUGCUUUAGAAAAUUGAACUACUGACAUUCUGGCUUGGACGUGGAUAGUCCUUGCAGUCAAAAUUCCUGUCUCGUUCUGUGUUCUUACGAAGAUCCUCAAUGCACAGUUCGUUUUAAAAUUUACAUUAAAUGGAUAAAAGUUCGAAGAUUCUAUUACCGUGAUUGUCACCCUCAUUCUUGUUUUCGAUCGAAUCCACUUUCGAACGUAAAUCGUUCGCAUUCCCGUUUACGCCAGCAAAAUCAAAUGGCCUACUGAUUGGAUCGAACCAAAAACGUUCGAAAGUGGAUACGUCCGUAAACAAGAAUGAGCUCCAGAAUGAGGGUGUGUAUUUUGGUUUAAAGUAUUGAGUGCAUUGAAAUUCAAUGAAAACUAAAAAUGUGUUUUAUCCACAGGUAAAUUGAAAACUUGUCCACUUACCACUGUACCUAGAGAGUGUCCAGCGAAUGUAGAGAAAAGAGGAAUCUUUCUUCUGGGAAACUUCUACACUGUGUCUUCGGUUGGAUGCUUAAGUGUCAACAAUAAGAAACACCUAAAAUCGGAUAUUGACCAUUACGUUACACACAUCAAAGCACCGAACAGCAAGCUUUCUUUGUCAAGUGACACACUGUCUUACCUACAAACAUAUAAACUGGUUUAAAAAACAACGAACUCAUUUGAUAAUUAAAACAAAAAUUUAUUUAAAAGUGCUACAAAUCAUGAUUUUGUUAUUAUUGCACAAAACUACAUCAAUCUGUCUUAACUGGCGCGUUCGCUCUAGCAUAUCCGUAGCUUUUACUAUUAUACAUUUCUGAGUAUAUAUCCGACAUUCGACCACUCAAUAACAUACCAGGCCUAAACCAACAUUAUUCAGGAAACACACAUUUGGUAAUAAAUCGAUUGCUUUCCCUUCGUUAAAGUUAGGCCAGCUUUGUUAACUGAGUAAUGUUUGGGUUUACCUCGUCAGCGCUUCAUUGAACGUUCUCUACUGGUGGUAACCAAAUGAUCAGGAACAGCGGCAGCAGGGCCCCCAUUUCCACUCUGCUGCUGGAAGCGGUCUCCAGAGAUUUGAAUGUUGUGUAUGCCGGUUCAGUGGUCUCCGUGCCCGGUGUUGUGCUCACUUCGUCAGCUGCGGCGGAAACUAUCGAUUGGAUUGUGACAGUUGGUGGCAUUCUGAUUGUGCGUCUGGAAAUCCUCUCUCGGUGGAGCUACCCGAUCCACCAACAUCAUUAAUGCGAAUCCCAGCACCAGCAGACCUAUCGUAGACUAGUGUCCAUCCGCAUAAUGCUUUGGUCUUCUCCAGUUUGCUCGAACAGAAAUCGAUUUCCUGCCAGAAUGAUGACCGUGGCUACCAGCGGUGG